GCAUAAUGCCGUUUGGCAUAAUGCCGUUUGGCAUAAGGACGUUUGGCAUAAAGGACGUUUGGCAUAAAGGACGUUUGGCAUAAGGACGUUUGGCAUAAAGGACGUUUGGCAUAAAGGACGUUUGGCAUAAAAUAUUUUUGUUCAUUUUUUUUAUAUGACGCAUUUCCGGGAAUGCGGUUUCAGGUCAUUAGGGUGCUGGAUCAUUAAAACGAUUGACCUUAAUGCUAAACACGGACACUAGGCCGCCUAGUUGAAUGAUUUGAACAUGAUAUGUGCAUAUACAUCGAAAGAACUGCCUAUUUUCAAAAGAAGGAAAAAUCUCUGAUAGGAGAGUUAGUAGUGUGGCCGCCAAUAGUACAGUAUAGCAUCGUAAUUGAAGAGUUUGCUUAUAUAUAUGCAAUGCAUAUACCUCGGAAGAACUGCCUAUCUUUAAAAGAAGGAAAAAUCUCUGAUGGGAGAGUUCGCGGUGUUUGCAUAUAUUACUCAAACAAAUAAAAACAAAUAGUAUACUCCAGUUCAACUAGGCUGCUAUACUGUACUAUCUGCGGCCACACUAAUAAACUCUCCCAUCAGAGAUUUUUCCUUCUUUUGAAAAUAGGCUAUUCUUUCGAGAUUUAUGCAUAUCAUAAUUAAUCCAUUCAACUACGCUGCUCAUUGCCCGUCCUUAGCUGUGAAGUCAUUCGCCUAACGUGCUUCGGUCUAAUGAUCAGCACCAUUCUGGGAAAUGUUACAUUCCGGGAAAUGUGAUACCACCGUCUGAAAAUUUCCGGAUACAAAAUUCCCUGCAUGUAUAAAGAACAGCCUAUUCACGAAAGAAGGGAGAAUACUCUCUGAUAUAAAUGGCCAUAUGCAGAACAAAUUAUUUUGCCUAUAAGAAUUAAGAGAAAAAUUUUCUGAGAAAUUGCGUACAAUCUUGAAUAAACUAAAUUUGAAACGCAUUUAUAAACUAUAUUCACCUUCUUGGCGCUAUAUCUGAUUUUUUUCUGAUUGGUAUUUUUUUACGUAUACCUAAUACACGGCAUGCAAGCAAAUGAAGGACAAAUUCUUCAGAGAAACAGUCUGCUACACUGAUUGAAACUAGAAAGGAUGCAUUAUUAUUUAUUUAUUUUUAGAAAGAAUGCAUGUCAUAGAGUAUUCUCCUUCUUGGUUUCGCUAGCCGUUCUUUAUUGCUCAAAAUGAGUAGCAGAAACAGUUUAUUCUAAUCUGCAGUUAGGUUUGAACAUCUGUUUAUUUCUACUUGUGUUUAUGCGGUGCAUGCUUUUCUCUCCAACGCGAUUAGCCCUUUUAACGGAAAAUUCAAAUGAUAGCUGUAGUGCCAGAUCAAUAGUCAUAUUGUUGUCUAGAUAUGCGGGUAGGUGUCAUGAAAUGGAAUAAAGUGAUAAAUUAGUUGCAUUACAGUACUGUGAGUUAGCUGUUUACUUUAAAAAAUUCAAUAAUUUAAAAAUGCCUAGCAUCUUAGAGUUGAUGAGUCGAGUUUAUAGAUCCGAUAAUUAUUCGUUGGAUGAUAUCCUUUUUCGUGUGCAAGAUGUCAUAGGACCAGUGUACAUGUGGCCAGCCUAUAUAAAAAAAAUCCUGCUUUCGCAAUCAUUCAGGUACUCUGAAAGAUUGAAGCUGAUGGCAUUUCUCUACUGCAACGGGUUUCGUGACGAUAUUAGUUGCCUCACAUUUAUAAUUCGCAUAAAAGGUGUUGCUUUCCGACGAUAUCAUGCUCAAAUUAUUGAUUUAUUGAAUUUUUUCAAACAACCACAGAUAGAAAGCACAUAUUUUUCCUACUGUGUCUCACAUAAACAAUAUGAGUAUCUCAAUGGAACUAAGAGAAAUAUUAAUCGAAUGUAAUUAAUGAAAAACAGACCAAUAAACAUUGAAAGAAAUAAACGUUUUGUCAUUUACAUAAUAUUGUCGAAAAACAAAUAAUCAUAUUGAAAUAUUGUUAUUGCUUCCUUUUACUCCCAAGUCCCAACUAACUACUCAGCACAUGUUGCUUUUGAGGUUAUGAUAUGAAGCAAAAAAUACCUAGUGAUAGAGCAGCGUCCGUGAAUUAUGUCAUGUUUUUGAGGGGUACAUAAGGUAGAGUGAAUCGUGAAAAAUGAUAAAAGAUGUUGUUAUCUUCACUACGGGAAACGACAUUGCUCAUAUAUAUUACGUGACUUCAUUUAUGGACUUGUUCUAGCUUGUCUAGAUAAGCAACACUUCAAGCCAUAAAGAAAAUUUUUUCACCAUUGUUCGUACGACAUCAGCUCAGGCAAGACACGCUGCGAUUAUUAAAGUGCUUCUAAAAUUAAAUUCAAUGACGAACAUCAUGUCUUCUGACGAAGAGGACUUUGCUGGAUUUGACGAUGGAGCUUUGGAACAUCCAACCCCGGAAGUACUGAAAUCGUCAAAGGGGAACGACGUUUUGGUCUACAGUGGGUAUAUAUUUUACCAAAAUCGAAAACCGAUUGAUGGAAAGCACUAUUGGGAGUGCAAAGGACGUUCACAUGGCCCCAAUGAAUCGAAAUGUGCAGCCCGGCUGGUCACCGAGAAAACAUCAACUGGUCACAAAAUCUUAUCACAGACGGCUACGAAAAACCACAACCAUGAGUUCGAUCCCGGGCACGUCGUCCAGAUGAAAUAUCGUACACAACUGAAACGACGUGCAAUGGAGGACACGGCCGGGCCGGCAAAGGUCAUACGACAUGCAUCAUCACCAUAUCCAGAUUCCGUCCACGAGCAAUUCAACUCGGCGGCUCAACGGAAAGUCAUCCAACGCGCGCGGUCUACUAAUGUUCCGCAAGAAAAAGAGCCCGUAGACCUCCAUACGUUCGAGGUUCCAGAAAAAUUGCAAAAAAGCGUCAAUGGCGAUAAGUUUCUGCUUGCCGAUGUACGUGAUGGAUCUGAAAGGGCCCUUAUUUUCGGGACUACAGAUAGCCUAACACGAUUAGCCGGCGCCAAAUAUUGAGUGAUGGACGGUACAUUCGAUAGCGUACCAUGCUUAUUUAAGCAGCUGUUUACCAUCCACGGAUCGUGCGCCCCUACUCAUAACCACACUUUUCCAUUGAUUUAUGUUUUGAUGACCAACAAGAGUGAAGCGCUGUACCGAAUGGUUUUUUCUUCUGUAAUCGACACAGCGAAUGAUGCAGACAUCGACCUGAAUCCAACGACAAUACUAUCUGAUUUCGAAAAAGCAAUCAUUAAUGCCUGCCAAUCGGAAUUCCCGGAGGCAGCAGUCAAUGGUUGCUUUUUUCAUUUCAGCAUGAAUCUCUGGAAGCAUAUGCAAAGAAUCGGCCUCAGCAAAACUUUUUCAGAAAAUGAAAAAUAUUUUGAAUUUUACAAGAGAACUCAAGCUCUAGCGUUUUUGCCAAGUGCACAAAUUGCUCCAGCAUUUGAGAAACUAAAAAAAGCUGCCCCGGUCCAAAUGGCUGAAUUUUUUUCCUACGUCGAAGAAAUUUAUGUGUGUGGCAGAUCGAGGAAGGCAACCACAAAUGGCCGUGUGACUCGCGUAGCUCCGCUGUAUGCACCAGAUCUCUGGUCAAUUUAUGACAGCAUUCUCAAUCGUAUUCCGAAGACUACCAAUCAAAUUGAAGCGUGGCAUCGCCGUUGGAGCACUCUGGUUGAAAGACACGUGGGGCUAUUGAAGAUUAUUGAAGAAUUCCGGCUAGAAGAGAAGUAUACGCGAGGUCAGAUCAUGGCAUAUUUGGCGGCCACUUCAAGCAAGGAAAAGUCGAAGGCUAAUCAACAGACCGAAGAUAAGGUUUUAAAAAUCGUUGAGAACUUUCUGAACUACACAACAGAUGACUAUCUUCAAGCUGUUGUGGCGCAUAUAAAGACGAAAGGUAAAUAAGUAAGCGAAGAACGGAAAGAUAAAUGCCAUAUUUAUGUUUUUCAUAUAUAAUGUUAUAUCAACUGUUAAUAUGUUAACUAUUGUAAAAAGUACGGAUUUUUUUUUAUAUGGUGAUAUAUAAAAUGUAAAUAUAUUUAUUUUUGUUCAAGUUAAAUGUAUUGUAAUUUAUGAUUUCAGAAAUACAUAACAAAUUAAUGUUUGUAUGAGUUUAAAAACAGACUGACAUUCACUUUUGUGUUAUUCUAGCUCAUCGUUUAAAAAAAAAUAAAUUUGAGAUACACACUGUACUAAAAUCGUUUUUAUGCCAAACGUCCUUUAUGCCAAACGUCCUUUAUGCCAAACGUCCUUAUGCCAAAUGUCCUUUAUGCCAAACGUCCUUUAUGCCAAACGUCCUUAUGCCAAACGGCAUUAUGCCAAACGGCAUUAUGCCAAACGUACC